AUGGACUACUUUAUUGACAUUCUUCAUUAUGGUCAUACAAGCAAACAAUUAGACAUCUGUACACAUAGCGCAUCAUCACGGGUCAUAACCGAAAAACCCGCUCACGGUAUUGGGGACGUGCGCCUUGGGGCUUUAGACAUGAUAAUCCCCCCGUCGCCCGGAACUACUCCGAUGGCGAUGACUCUGGCUCCGCCGACUCGAAUGGCUAUGGCGACGCGAUCUCUUCUCAUCAUGAUGACUGCUCUCAUGCUGCCACAAGAAAUACGCAAACACUGCCGUAAAAAAGAACGAUAUCGUAUUCAGAAUCCCAAACGCAAACGAGGCCUUGAGCAUAGAGCAGACCUUCUCCGGGUCGCUGCUGAGCGGGUUAUUCGCCCGGCGACCCCAAACGCCAAAGGGGCCCAGGCUCAGGAGGAAGCGGCUGCGGCUGAAGUCGUUGCAGUUUUCGUCGACGAUGCCGCGGAGGAGAUAGACGCUGGCGAUGAAGGCGCCGAAGAAACAGAGGUCGACGAAGGAGACGAAGAUGGCGGAGCGCUUGGUGCUGCCGUAGCGGACGAGGGUCUCAAGGGCCCAUGCGCCGGCUAG